GGGAGGGCGGCGGGCGCCCCGGGCGCCGGCGCCGGGCCCGCCGGGCAGCUGCCCCCGGGCGCGAGGCUGCUGGUUGGGCUUCCCCUGAGCUCACCGACAGACGCCGCGAGCUUCCACCAUCUCGUCCGUGCCCAUGCCAGGAGGGGUGAGCUCGAGGCGGCGUGGGACUGCCUGGCGCGGAUGGUUUUGGCUGGCCACUGCCCCAACGAGCAGUGCCGCAGCCUCUUCGUCGGCGCCGCCGUGAAGGCUCAGGACAUCGACGCGGCAGAGGCCUGGAUGCAGAGAAUGAGCGACGCCCGCGUGGAGCCAACAGCCCUGUCGUACAUGAUGCUGAUCAACGCGUGUACCAGGUUGAGCAGCAUCUCGCGCGCGGAGCUCUGGCUGAGGAGGAUGACCGACGCAGGGUUCACGCCUGACAUCGCGUGCUUCAACUCCUUGAUCCACGCGAGCAGUUCCCAGUGCGACGUGGACACGGCCGAGCGCUGGUUCAGAGAGAUGGGGAAGCACGGGAUCGCGCCCACGGUGAUGACCUUCACCUCCCUUCUCGACGCCUGCGCCAAGUCCCUGGACGUCGAGCGUGCCGAGAAGUGGUUGGAGUCCAUGAUAGAGCAGGGUAUCAGCCCUAACGUCGUCAGCUUCAGCACCAUGAUCAACGCCUGCGCCAAGGUGGGCGACCUUGCGCGGGCAGAGCACUGGCACGACCACAUGCGGGAGCAGGGCGUUCAGCCCAACGCCUACUGCUACAGCGCCCUCAUCAAUGCCUGCUCGCGGGUCGGCAACGUCCAGUCCGCUUGCCUUUGGCUGCAACGAGCGGAGGACACCGGGGCGGCGAUGGACGGGGUGGUCUACGGCUGCGUAAUCAACGCUUGCGGGAAGGUCGGCGACGCAGAGCGGGCCAUGUCCGUCUUUCGGCAGAUGCAGGCCCAAGGCAUCAAGUCGCACAUCGUGGUAUGCGCGGCUUUGGCGCGGCCCUUUGCCUACCAAGGCGACUGGGUGCAGGUGGAGCGUAUCCGAGAGGAGAUGGAGGGCGAGGGCAUCGCCGUCAACGACUAUUUCUUGUACACCCAGAUCCUUGCGUACGGGAGGGCCAAGCCGCGCCAGACGGACCGCGCCGAGGCCGUCUUCCGUGACGCCAUCGCCAGAGGGCUGCGGCCAAACGAGCAGGUCUUCAGGGUGCUGGGGACUGCCGUGGGCCGCACCCGCUGCCUGCAGCUCUGCGAGCUCUCCCGCAGCUGACCGGGGGCCCGCGCCCCCGCCGGGGCUGCCGCCCGCGAGCAGGGCCCGCAGCCCGCCCGCUGCCAUGAGAAGGGGCGGGCCUUCUCAGAAGCUCCUCCUCCUCCUCCUCCUUCUUCUGGUGGGUGCGGCCCAGGCCACGCCGCUGGGGAUGGGGAUCGGAUAAGCGAGGAGCUCCCGCCCGCACGCGCCCGCAAGCGCAAGCCGCCCGCCGCGAGAGGCAGCCGCGGCUGCGCGGGGCACGUGGCCGCUCCCUCCAUAGGGCCCUUCUUCGGCGCCCCUCUGGCGGGCCGCCCGCCCUUUGCAGUGGCCGACCAGGCCCGGGGCGGCUCACCGAUGGCGCGGCACGCCUCGUCUCCCUCCCCUC